AUGGCAGACGGAAUCCAAACGAAAUCUGCAGUCACGCGCAACAAACGAAGCUGCAAACGAUGCAAUAAGAGAAAGGCACGAUGCGAUCGAAACAGCCCUUGUGCUGCAUGCGUCAAGGCAGGAGAUCUGUGUAUCUUUCCAGGCCCUAGACGCGCGCCCCGGAUCAUUAAUCGACCCCCGGUAAGCGAACUGCUUGCACGUUUGACGGAUCUUGAGGCAGAAGUCCAACAGCUUCGGCCAAAGCAUCAUGGAUCGGAUGAAGAUGAAGAGCAGUCCAGCAAUCCAUCCAGUUUGAGGGAUACUCGAAAUGUUCUUUUGUCACAAAUUGACCCAGGUCCCUUUGAUUUACCAAGGGGAGGAUUCCUUGGGCACAACAAUCUCUCGUGGUCCGAUGAUUCAUUUCGACAAUACUAUCUUCAGCCGUUGCAGAUCGAGGCUCUAUGGCGUGUAUAUUGUAAACGUGUUGCGCCUUUGAUUGCAGUUCUUCAUCUGGACACCCCGGCCCGAAUUGUGCAGGAUGCGUCAAAAGGCCUAGACAUUGGUCCUGCUAGCGAAGCACUUUUGCUCUCUGUCUGUUUUGCUGCCGUGGUUAGUCUAGAUUCAGAUCAACUUCAGUCAGAGUUGGGUCUGGAAUACCACAAGGCAAAACAAGCCUACGAGAUCGCGUUAGACCAAGCGCUGAGCCGCGCCGACUUUGUCAAAUCUCCUAGGAUAUUGACCCUCCAAGCUUCUGUGCUCUAUCUCCUCUGCGCACGCGUAGAUGGAGAUACAAGGCUUGUUUGGGCCGAGUCUGCCGUAGUCAUCCGUCUUGCACAGUCGCAGACGAGCUUGAACCGCUCAUGCCCGAGCUUCCGCCUGAGAAAAAUGGCUUCACAGACAUCACUCCUUGCAUUAUAA